AUGAUGAUGAUGGCACCGAUGACAAGUAUGAUGAGAAAAUCGAUUGGCAUAAAAGAGUAUCUGCAUAUGAUGCUAGUAUUAAUAUUGUGCUGUGUAUUAUGUAAUGCUGGAAUUGCUAGUAGUGCAUCCGACAUCAACAAUAGUUUUAAUCCAUACUCACCGUCGACAAGCGGUUCGAUUAUUGCAUCAUCAUCCUCAACAGCACAGUCGAUGCUUGAGACGUAUCUCCAGACGUUUCCCAUCAAUGAGCAACAGAAUGUAUUAACGACUGUUUAUCAGUCAAGACAUCAUGCCAGCACAGUCGAUACCGAUAAGGAGAAAUCGACAACGACUGUAAGUGAAAUGGCAUUUACAACAUCAAAUACUGCAUCAGCUGGUGGUUCUGUACCAUCGACUGAAUCAUCGCAACAGACAUCGAUGUCGCAGAAUCAAAAUACGCAACAGACACCUGUUGUCAUAUCGUCAGGACCUCUAAUGUCAACAGUCCUUACAUCAACAGUAAAUAUGCAAGAUAAUAUUGAGCAGACACCAGUUGUGUCACAUGAACUAUUAGGAUGUGGACCGAAUCAUCGCGAGGGAAUUGGAAUUCAAAAAGCACUCGACUGGUUACGUGAUAAACGUUCAUCUGAUUAUGGAUGGGAUAAUGAUACUCAUAUGGUUAUACUCGCGAGAGAGCUUUCCAACAAUCGUGAAUCGACCGAUAACGAGGAAUCAAAGAUACCCGAGCUAGAAAACUUACUGUCUGACAAGCAAAUGGAAAUUGACAUACUGAAUAUGCUUGACAAGCAUAAUUCAAAAGCGAUUGCUGUUCCAAAGCCAAUCGAACCAGAUCGUUUAGCACGUUACAUUCUGUCACUGUUUUCACUAUGUAAAGAUCCACGUCGCUUUUAUGGACAUGAUUUGAUACAGCUUUUGCAGCAUCACGAUACAUCAACAUCACAAGAUGAUGAAUUUGCACUUGGUGUUUUGGCAUCAUGUAGUGCUGGAGCACAUGUACGAAAAAGACAAAUUCGACGUUUACUUGAUAUUGCGAGUGGCGAAAUAACGAAUGUUGAUACGAUGGCAUUGGUUCUACUCGCACUGCGAUGUAUUAUCACAGAUCAUCGACAUAGACAUUUACAGCAUUUUAUUAGACGACCAGCAUUAGGAUUAGCCGGCUUACAAGGACCACACGGAAGUUUUGGUUCAUUAAGAAGCACAGCAUUUGCAAUGCAGGCACUACAAGAUUUACAACUUGAUGGAGCAUCGACAUAUAAUCGAUCAGCUGCAUCAAAAUGGAUUUUAGAUCGUCAAAGAACUGAUGGUGCAUGGACGGAAGAGCCAUUACAGGACGGUCAAGAUCCAAGCGUCGGUGUAAGUUUAACAGCCGACAUUAUUUUGGCAUUGGGAUGUAAAGGUCUCGGUGCUGUUAGAGCUUUACAAUGUGACCAUGUCAUACGUGAUACACCAAUUGGAAAUGGUGAAAAUGGCGAUAAUGGUGAUGCAAAGAUUGCACAACCCGUUGGAAUUCCAUCGAACUCGGCCGAGGAUACAGAACAAAAAAAUGUUAGCUAUACAUAUACGCUUUGGCUAGAGUCCAAUAUUACGGAAGUUUAUACACUUCAAAUUAUUUCACCAAAAAAUACAAGUUUCUUUAAAGCAAUGACACAAGCUGCUGAUAUGGAUCCCAAAUUUUCAUUCGAAGCUCGUGAAUGGCCCAACGGGCAUUACAUUCAUACAUUAGCUGGAAAGAAAGAGGAGCCUACAUUAUAUCAUUAUUGGCUUUUAUAUCGACUCCCAGAAACUCCUGAACCUGAAUUGCCUCCUGGCAAUCAAUUAAUCGCUCCAGUUGGGGUUGAUGAACUAAUGGUUGAGGAUGGAGAACAUUACUUAUAUUGGUACAAGAAACUUUAA